UCAUUACGGUAAAUGGAUUUAAAAGGAUAGCUUCACGUUGGCAAGCUUGCACGCUUGAGUCGAGGCAAGAAGCGCGGCCUGCACGAGCUGCACGUGAAGGCAUCGCGGGUGCGCAGCUGAUGGAGAGAGGAGGUGCGGCUCUGGUGUCGUGCUCGCCACGUCUCUGCCGGAGCAUCUGCGACGGCUGGCCGGAGCUCCGGGGCGGGCCGGCGGUGCUUACGCUGGGUCGGCAUGUCGAGAGAGGGAUGCGACUGAAGGAAGCAGCAGAGAAGCGGAAGGAGAGAGGAAACACGUAGAGCCGCCCUCCCCUCACUGAGAGAGACGGGAGCCUGCAGCCGGCCGGGGAGCAGCUUUUCUAGGGGAGAGGACCGCUGCUCUGCUCGGCUCCUGGAGGAGGCUCCUUCCUGCCGCCGCCGCUGGAGGGUUAUUGUUCCGCCAGAGAGAGAGAGGCGUUGGCGGGGCUGCUGCUGCUGCUUGUCUUCUUUUAUUUUCCUCGCUGUCUGAACGGAGGGGACACCCAUGCUCAGCUCUGGGACAAUGGAGGAAUUCGUAACCGAAGAGGAAGAGCCUUGGUACGACCAACAAGACCUGGAGCAGGAUCUCCACUUGGCAGCAGAGCUGGGGAAGACUUUACUGGAGAGGAACAAAGAGUUGGAGGAUUCUUUGCAGCAGAUGUACAUCACUAAUGAGGAGCAAGUGCAAGAGAUUGAGUACCUGAGCAAGCAGCUGGAGGUCCUGCGGGACAUGAACGAGCAGCAUGCCAAAGUGUACGAGCAGCUGGACGGCACAGCCAGAGAGCUGGAGCGCACCAACCUGACGCUGGUCAGGGACAGCAAAGCCUCGCAGCAAAAGAUCGACAGCUUGACGGGGAACAUCGAGACCCUGCAGAACCAGGUGGAGUCUCUGUCCGCGCAGGUGGAGCAGCUGCGCUCCAUGGAGCAGCUCCGAGUCCGGAGGGAGAAAAGGGAGCGCCGCAAGACCAUCCACUCCUUCCCGUGCCUGAGGGAGCUCUGCACGGCGCCGAGGUACGAGGAUGAGUUCGUGGUGGGCAGGGCCGAGAGCUUCACCGUGGACGCCAGGCGCCAGCCGCACGAAGAAGACAACCAGCACCUGAGGGAGGCGGUGUCGGCGCUGAGAGCCGCCGUCCGGACCGAGAGAGGCCGAAGGGAGGGAGUGGAGAAGGAGUGCAACCUGCUGGUCGCAGAGUUCUCCCGGCUGCAGACGCGGGUGCAGGAUGCCGAGAGCUGCCAGGCGCGCGUACGGGAGCUGGAGACGGAGCUGCAGGAGCUGCAGCAGCUCCGUCGGGCUCGGACCUUCCUGCUGAGCGGCGAGGACGACGGCGUGGCCCUCACCCAGACCGUCCUCAGCAUCACCCCGGAGACCGACACCUUCCUGGAAGUGGAGGACGCGGAGGGGGGCGGCGGCGUGAGGGAGGAGACGGAAGGCGGAGGAGGCGUCAGAGGCGAGGCGCUGCCAGAGUCCAGCCCCGUGAGGAAGAGCUGCAGCGACACGGCGCUCAACGCCAUCGUGGCCCGGGACGCCUCCGGCCGCAGGAGAGGCAGCUACGCUCUGCACGCCAACAGCGUGAGGAAGCGGGGGAUGUCCAUCCUCAGGGAGGUGGACGAGCAGUACCACGCCUUACUGGAGAAGUACGAGGAGCUGUUGGGCAAAUGCCGGCGGCACGAGGAGAGCCUGUGCCACGCCGGCGUCCAGACUUCCCGUCCUGUUUCCCGUGACCCGUCCAUGAAAGACUGUGCCAUGGGUCCCGUCCCGGCACCGCCCCCCACCCCCACCCACUCCCCCUCCACCCCCGAGGCCAUCGAGAGCAUCAGCAAGCAGGUGGAGGCAGUAGAUAAGCGGCUGGGACAGAACACUCCAGAGUACAAGGCCCUUUUCAAGGAGAUCUUCUCUCGCAUCCAAAAGACCAAAAUGGACAUCAAAGCUACCAAAGCGGCUAAAGCAAGCAAAUCGGGCAAAUCUGGCAAAUCAAGUAAACACUAAGAUCACACUAAUCAGCUCUGCAGAGGUCGAGGAAGUUGCCGUUUAAGUAUUUUAGUCUACACAGUCUUAUAGAGGGUGCUACCACCACAACUAACGCAAUGAUCUCAUCCAUAACUAAGCUAAACCCCGCAGAAAAUCAACCAAAUCGGAAGUGCAUGCCAUCACUUAGGAAGCGUGGCAGGAAUCUAGCGACGUUUCUAGAACCCGACUUAAAUGGCAGACGCUUCAAUGUUAUUCUCCACCAUUGUGUUGUACAUCAUACUGGGGAAAAAAGUCCUUUUUAGGCCUACUUAACUGCCUUACUAAUCCAACACGUCACACUUAUUAUACCAUACUGUAGCUGUGGCAAAAUGCCUCAGCAUUGCACUUAUAGUUCAGGUUUAAGUAAAAUAAGACAAAUGGACUCCUAGAGGGGUAGAAAGCUAAAUGUAACAAUUACUCAAGGUAUAUCUGUGCUUCUUUUAGAAGCUUCAAAAACAUGUAUGUAUCCCCUAUAGGAGAAGAGCUGAUCUGGCAUACAGCGCCUAAUCGUUUCAACAUUUCAACCUUAAUUGUGUUUUUGUUAGGAUUUUGUGUGAUAGAGCACACAACAAGAAGUAGUCUAUUAUUGGGAAGUAGAAAGAAAAUGGUCAAGACUUUUUUUUAUUUUUUAUUACAGUUAAAA